CCUGCGCUGUUGAAUACAUACAUACCUUCCCUUUCCAGGCCUCGGCUCCGUCCGUCCCCAAUCUCCCCUUUCGUCUUCUCUUCCCGCUCCCGUCCCGAAAUUAGCCCACCGAUUAGCUUGCUUGCCCUAGCAGAUCGAAGCCGUAGCCCUAGCCGAGGAGCGCCCAUGGCCGCUGCGAUCGUGGCCUGAGGCGGCGGGGCUCUUCCCAUGGGGUGAGGGGAUGGACCCUAGCCUGAAGGAGGAGGUGAUGAAGGCGGUGGAGGAGGCGAGGUCCGCGGCGGCGCCGCGGUGCCGGGUGGUGCGGAUCAUCGUGCACGACGAGGACGCCACCGACUCGUCUUCCAGCGACGACGAGGGAGAGGAGGCGGGGGAGCGCGCCGCGGCGCACCCGGCCGCGGCGCCGGCGGGGAGCGUGAAGCGCAGCCGCGUGCUGCUCCAGUCCGCUGGGUGCGGGGCGGAGGAGGACGGCGAGGGGGCCAGGUUCACGGGCGUGCGGCGGCGGCCGUGGGGCCGGUGGGCGGCGGAGAUUCGCGACCCGCUGCUCCGCCGCCGCGUCUGGCUCGGCACUUUCGACACCGCCGAGGAGGCCGCGGCGGCCUACGUCGCAGCGCGCCUCCGCAUCCGCGGGCCCAGCAACUCGCUCCCUCCGCCCGAGCACCGCCCGGCCUUGCCCCCACGUCCCCCGCCGCCACCUCAGCAGCGGGAGAAGAAGCUGCCGCUGCCGCCGCCGCCGCCGCCUCUCCUUCCGCUUCCGCCGAAGAAGCAGCAGUAUCCGCCACCGCCUCUGCUUCCGCCGAAGAAGCAGCUGUAUCCGCCACCGCUUCCCCUCCUCCCACCAAAGAAGCAGCAGCAGCAUCACCAUCACCCGUCACCGCCUCUGCCCACGCUUCCGCCGAAGAAGCGGCUGCCGUCGCCGCCUCUGCUGCGCGAAAGCAAGAAGCAGUGCGUCGCCUCCUCCCCAGCGGAGCCGCGUUUCAUGCCGCUGCCGGUGUGGGCGCUGAUGUCCGGCUCCGGGAAGCGCAAGAAGCGGUCGGGCUGUGGCGGGCGCGUCCCCGCCCUCCACACCCCCGCCGCCGAGGAGACGGGGCGCGCCUGAGAAGGCUGAGACGACUGGGACCUCCCUGCUUCUGGUAUCCAUCCCCUACCGCUUCUUGAUCAUGCCAUGCCAAUCUGAAUUGCCGCUCAAUCGGUGCUGAUGUGAAGAGCCUGUAACCUCUCUGAUUCAUGAACUGAUGAAUUUGUGUACAUAUGCUGCUGCUGCUGCUGCUGGAACCGCAGCGGGUGAUGAACUGAUCUGUAAAACCCGACGUAUUAUUCAUAUGUAAUAAAUAAGUAUCUGUUGACAA